AUGGCCGCCCGUGCGGGGCUGGCGCUGCUGGCGGCGCUGCUGGCGGCGGCCGGGGCCGAGCGGGGCCGGAAGGUUUCCAUGCAGUACAACCCCGGCUGGAACGGCUCCUCCGUGAACCUGCUGCACGUGCGGGCGGCGGGGCCGGGGGACAGCCUGCACUACGUGUGGAGCAGCAUCGGGGCCCCAGCCGUGCUCCUGGUGGCCACCCAGAGCCCCAGCAGUGCCCUGAGGGUCAACUGGACCCAGCUGCUCUCCCCCAGUCCUGCUGGAGCCAUCUGGAUCGACCCUCCCGACAGCGUGGUCUAUUCCACGGCCGUGGUUUUCACCAAGCUGUUCGAGUUCAGGGAGGCCAAACCUUCGGGAGAGCUCUUCUACCCCACCUAUGACCUGUCUGAGUUCUCCUGGGACAGCCUCAACCACACCCUGAACCGCACCGCGCUGACGGCCGAGCUCAGCGGGGUCCCGGCCACCGACCCCGGCGGCGGCUUCUCCAACGGCAGCCUGGCAUUCCGGGUGACAGCCUACGAGGCCGGGGGCCGCGAGGGACGCCUGCCCAGCCUCCUGCACACGGCAGACAGCUCCCAGCUGGAAUUCAUCCUGGCUGGGGUGGCCCCACGGGGAAACAGCUCCCGCUUCGCGCUGGAGGUGGCCACGGUGGAGGAGGAGGGAGCGGUGCGGAGGCUGCGAUCCGAGAGAUCCAUCGACGACGAGUACACCCCCACCAUCUUCGAGGUGCUGUCCCUGCUUGCUGAGCCCCACAACGGCAGCUCCACGCUCGGCUUCCUGCAGUGGAAGGCGACGGCCUACGGCUCCCGCAGCCCCCGGCGCGAGGACGGGAUCCGGUGCCGGGCUCAGGGGCUGCGGGCGGCCAACUGGAGCCUGCCCGUGUCCAGCAUCGUCCAGGCCUACUUUGGGGACAGUUUGGGCAGCAGCUGCACCAUCAGCGCCCUCAAUGUGUCCUUUGGGGGAGAGGAGGGAGAGGUGUAUCAGGAGAGGCGAUACCUCAGCUGGUCGGUGCUGCUGGGUUUUGGGGAGCCCCCCAGGGACAGUUUCUCCCCUCUGGUGAUCUCCAUCGCGGCCGUGGCGCUGGGCACACCCCUGGCCCUGCUGCUGCUGGGGAGCUGCCUGCUGCUGCUGGCACAGAGGAGACGCUACUCCGAGUACGAGCCCAUCAACUGAGGGAUCCCACGGAGAGCCCCGGGAUCCUCCCCGUUCCUGGGAAUGCACAGCCCCUCCUCUGCCUCCCCUCUGAGCCCCGAGGGGAGCGGGGUGACGCUGGCAGCUGCCCCACACCGAGGAUCCCCUGCGUCUGCUCCUUCCCCACUGCCGCGUCCUGCGCUGGGGUUCAGCUUCUUCCCCGGAUUUUUCCUGAUCCGUGAAGCUAAGGGAAUCGAUGGGGGGAGUUUGGUCAGGAAAUCCUCCUCCUCCUCCUCCUCCUCCCCCCAAGGGAUACAACCACUGCUGCCCUGGCUGCAGGCCAGGGACUGGCUCCAGUGCCACUUCCAGGGAUGCUUGGGGGGCUCCAGCCUGGGCUGGGGAGCAAAUCCCAGCAAAUCCCAGCAAAUCCCAGCUCCUCCAGCUGGGGCUCACGGACUCCUCCCCGCUCCACGUUCCUGCUGUGCUGGCCUGGGACACGAGGGACACCCGGUGCCACGACACAGCAGCUGCUGAAGCUCAGGUGUGUCCUGUCGGGCCAUGGAGGGCUGCUCCAGCCAGGCUCCUGCUCCUGGAUCCCCCAGCUGCAUCUCCCAGUGUCAGGAACCCUGCACGAGCGUGGCCUGUGGCUGCUCGGGGUUCUCAGAGGUGUCUGGGGCCGUGCUGGGCUCUGAGUUCUCCAUCACCGACUUCUCUUCAACCAAAUAAAGCGGAUUUCUAAAGACA